GCUGUAUAGUCUUUCGGUCGUUGGAACUGCAACUCAGCCACUGCAUGAAUAAAGGCAAAUGGUCGAAAUGUUGUGUUGUGAGAUGGCAUUUUUUCCACCGCAUCAAUCAGUGGCACGCAGAACGCUGUUGUGUGAAGACGCAUCUUGAGCAUCAAUAUGUCCUCCAUCGAACCAGUUGUGUUGGUCCACGGCGGUGCCGGAGACAUUCCGUCCGAACGGGUCGAAGGAAAACUGGUGGGUGUGAAGUUGGCUGCCAAGGUGGGCUAUGCAAAGCUCCGGGAAACUGGUUCCGUUUUGGAUGCUGUUGAGGAGGCGGUCCGUAGCAUGGAACUGGAUCCGUAUUUCAACGCUGGAUAUGGGUCAGUACUGACGACGCAAGGAAACGUUGAAAUGGAAGCCAGCAUUAUGAAUGGGGCGACGUUGCGAGCAGGUUGCUGCACGCUGGUCAAAGAUAUCAUGCAUCCGAUAAGCUUGGCGAGGAGAGUAAUGAAGACUCCGCAUAACUUUCUGGGCGGAGAAGGCGUUAUGCGGUUCGCUGCUGAAGAGGGAUUUGAAAUAAUGGAUCCUCCUGGACAGUUGGUAACCGAUUAUGCCAAAGAAGCACUGGAGGAGUGGAAAGAAGGCCAACGUAGAGGUGAAGUGGAGUUCGCUCGGACGGAGAUUGGUUCGUCGAAUAAGUACAGUAAAUCAGAAGUGGGCACUGUUGGUGCGGUAGCAAUCGAUAGUUCUGGGAAUAUAGCUGUUGCAACAUCUACCGGUGGUAUAACAGGAAAGCUUCCUGGAAGAAUUGGCGACACCCCAUUGGUAGGAGCGGGAACGUACGCGGAUAAUCUGGUAGGAGGUGUAUCUACCACAGGUCACGGGGAAACCAUUAUGAAAUAUUCGUUAGCCCAUGAUAUUCUCAAGAGAAUUGAAUUCCUUGGAGAAGACGCUCAAACAGCGACGGAAAAUUCCUGUAAAGCAAUGACUGACAGAUUGGUUGGAACAGCAGGCGCCAUCACCAUUGAUCGCAAAGGGCAGGUAGGCAUAUCAUUCACCUCAAAGCGAAUGGCGUGGGCAUAUAUCAAAGGAACACAACUCAAGUACGGAAUUGAACAAAACCAGCACCAAGAAGAAACUGUACAGGAAUAGCAAUAAUCGGAACACACUUACCGCUUAUCCAGGCGGCGAUAUUUAUGUGCGGAUGUCAGUCUGUAUUUGAAGUGUUCAAUCUGCCUUUCGAAGUUGCGAUUCAUUUUCGGAUGCUUUACGUCAAAUCAAAUACAAAAAUAUUCCAAGUUCA